GGCCCCUAUCGCGAGAGUUGGAGGCCGGCCUCUAGCGGGAGGGCGGAGGUGUCUGUGAAUCUGUUAGCGCUGCUCCCGCCUCCAGGGCGGCAUCCGCCCGCUGCCUGCGCCGCGGGACUUGGGGGCAGCUGCUGAGCUCCAGCUACAGCCGGCCCCGCAGCGCGCCAGGCCCUGAGCAUGGGGAAGAUCGGGCUGCAGCUGAAAGCCACUCUGGAAAAUGUUACAAACCUCAGGCCGGUGGGGGAAGAUUUUCGCUGGUACCUGAAGAUGAAAUGUGGGAAUUGUGGUGAGAUUUCUGAAAAAUGGCAAUACCUGCGAUUAAUGGACAGUGCUCCUCUUAAGGGAGGCAGAGGGAGUGCCACUAUGGUGCAGAAAUGCAAGCUGUGCUCCAGAGAGAAUUCCAUUGAUAUCUUAAGAGACACAAUCAAACCUUAUAAUGCUGAAGACAGUGAGAAGUUUAAGACAAUAGUGGAGUUUGAGUGCCGAGGUCUUGAGCCAGUUGACUUUCAACCACAGGCUGGGUUUGCUGCGGAAGGUGCAGAGUCUGGCACACCUUUUAAUGAAAUAAACUUGCUGGAAAAGGACUGGAAUGACUAUGAUGAAAAAAUAAAGGAGUCUGUUGGAAUCUAUGAAGUUAUCCAUAAGUUUCUAAAAUGCUAAAACUGCUUUUAAUAAAAUGACACCUUGGCCAAGUAAUGGGCUGUAGUCAUUAUAGAAGUUCCUCUGGAGUGACUUUCUGUAUGGCUGUACUUCAACAAUCAAAUAUAAUAUCAGCUGAGUUGUACUUGCUGUCCCAAGACUGACUAAUAAAGUCAUUUUCCACCA